AAAUUUGAAAUCCAUUUUUUAUUCUUGAACCCUAAUACCAAAAACCACACCCCCAAAAACCCUUGUUUAAUUCUCCCGCCUCCUUCCCGACAUUGUUAAUUGUAUGUAUUCUUGCACUCUGUCUCAAGCUUGCAUCCUUAGUUUUGGGUUCUGAGUCUGAGAUGCUCCAUAGUUAUGCAGAAGCUGCUCCGGAGAAGCCCUUCUGCCUCUGGCCCCCCUAUUUUAUCCGCUAACCCUCCUCUCUCUCUGCCCCUCUACACCUCUGCUUUUCUCUCUCUUGCACCUUCCCCCGCCGCCCCCAAGAUGAUGUCUUCUUCUACCCCCACUCUCCGGCACCCUCAUCCUAUACACCAACCCAGAAACCCCUUUUCCGCCUCUGCGCACAGCCCCAGGCUUGUGAAAAUGCCUCCCUCUAGUUUCCGUCCCUGCAGUUGCUCUGUUGAGGAUAGUGUUAAUACGGUGCCGUCCAGGGCUUGGUUGGUUUUCAAGGAGAGUACUUAUGGUAGUGUAGCUGCGCCGUACAGAGCUUGGUAUGCUACGCGUGCCGGUAACUCGGAUAAGGAGGGCGGUGAAUUGUCUGUGGCAACAGAAAAUGAAGGAGUGAAUGAUGUGGAAAAUGUGAAAGCCAGGGUGCAGAGGAGGCAGAGGAGUGGCGCCGGUGUUGGGGCUGUGGUGGUCGGGAACCCUGAUUUGUUGACAAUACCAGGUGUAGGGCCGAGGAAUUUGAGAAAGCUAGUGGAGAAAGGCUUUGAGGGUGUAGCUCAGCUCAAACAGCUCUAUAAGGAUAAGUUUUUCGGGAAAUCCAGUCAGAAAAUGGUGGAGUUCUUACAAAGUUCUGUUGGGAUCAUACACAAAAACCAUGCCGAGAGUAUAACUACAUUUAUUAAGGCGAGCGUGGAUGAAGAGCUGAAGGAGAAUGGUAUGAAGCCUGCCCAGAAGAAGCGAAUUACUCUAUGUGUUGAAGGAAAUAUCAGUGUUGGGAAGACCACAUUCUUGCAGAGAAUAGCUAAUGAAACGCUUGAGCUUCGAGAUCUUGUGGAAGUCGUCCCUGAACCAAUUGACAAGUGGCAGAAUGUUGGUCCAGACCACUUUAACAUAUUAGAUGCAUUUUAUGCUGAGCCGGAAAGAUAUGCCUAUACAUUCCAGAACUAUGUGUUUGUCACAAGAGUAAUGCAGGAGCGAGAAUCAUCAGGUGGCAUUAAACCUCUUCGGCUGAUGGAAAGGAGUGUUUUCAGUGAUAGAAUGGUCUUUGUGAGAGCUGUUCAUGAGGCAAAGUGGAUGAAUGAGAUGGAGAUUAGCAUUUAUGACUCAUGGUUUGAUCCUGUUGUCUCAAGUUUGCCCGGUCUUAUUCCGGAUGGUUUUAUCUACCUUAGAGCUAGCCCUGAUACUUGCCACAAGCGUAUGAUGUUGCGUAAGAGGGCAGAGGAGGGAGGAGUCUCUCUUGAUUAUCUACGGGACUUGCAUGAAAAGCAUGAAAGUUGGCUUUUCCCUUUCCAAAGUGGAAAUCAUGGAGUGCUGUCUGUAAGUAAGCUGCCAAAAGAUGUUGACUGGACUUUACAUCCUAAUAUCAAGGAUCGAGUUUUUUAUUUGGAUGGUGAUCAUAUGCACUCAAGCAUCCAAAGGGUUCCUGCGUUGGUUCUCGACUGUGAGCCAGACAUUGAUUUUAGCAGAGACAUAGAAGCCAAGCGGGAGUAUGCACGUCAAGUUGCGGAGUUCUUUGAGUUUGUGAAGAAAAAGAAAGAAGUGUCUGAUGCUUCUGAUGUUGGAGAAGAUGCCGCAAAGAGCGAUCAAGGUCAGGUAUUGCUGCCUCAUCAUGGAAACUUGUGGUUGCCGGGUGGUCAGCCCUUCCCAGAUUCGGCCCUAAAAUCAUUGGAGUUUAGACGAGCCAUGUCUUUUAUGUCUCAGUAGUGGAAGUUUUUGCUGAGUGCUUGAAGUUUCUCGUGAGCUGAAUCUGAAGUGAUGUGUUCAUUUCCGCAUCGUGUAAAAAAGAUGUUUAACUUGUUUUAACUCCAUCUUUUAGAUAUGUAGAGUCGGUUGUAACUUGUGGAUUCUAUUUUGCUGUUUACUGACGCCUCGUUUGUCUGAAUUUGAAAAACGUAAAAAUGAAAA